AUGUAUUUGUACAAGAAGCCACACGCCCCUCGCCCCAUGGGUUCCGGAGAUGCGAAAGCAGAUUCUACCGGCACUGCCAGCACAGAGCAGGCCUCUACCUCUCAUACUCCAGGAGAAGCGGAUUGCCCACCAUCUUCAGGCCCCCGUUCCUUCUCUUCUUCUUCCAAACCUCCGUCUCCCACGACGGGGCCGCCCCCCGACAGCUCUACCAAAACAAGGCGGACGUUUCUCCCCAUUUCCUUCCCGUCUGUCUUCUUCCAGCGCAGCAACGCCCCCUCCGCUUCUGUUGCCCCGUCAACUGCUGAGGGCAAGCCCGUCCCGCUCGCCGAUGCCACGGCCGCCCAUCGCACGUCUGCAUUGCAGAAGCUGAACAGCACGUACCCCUCGGUAGUCCGCCGACACCAGUACGCCGAGAGCACUGGCGCCCAGAGCAGCACCUACUCGCAGCCCGUGCUUGUGCGCACUUACAGUGGCCCUUCGCCUUCCCAGGGAUCCCGCACCACUCGGCAGUCGAGCAGACCGCGGGGCUCUUCCAGGCGUGUUCCCCUUCCCCCAUCUUCGACGACCGGGGCCGUUGGUUUCUCGAGACAGCCCAUCCAGCCCGCCCUCAGCGACAUUGGCGUCAGCACCAGCAGUAAUACUAACCAAAACACCAACGAGGACAAUGGCAUCAAUGCCUACAGAGUGAGCAUGCCACGCUCCCUCAAGUCCAAAAAGGGCAGCAGCAGCGGUACCAGCAGCAAGCUGCCUCUGCCCCUACCCCUGCCCCUGCCAUGGCCCUGGCAAUCGGCAUCUUCGCGCCCGGAUUCAGACGAGGCUAAGCUACCUCCGGUAGAGGCGUUCACGUUUAAGAGCUUCAUGGCUGAUAUGCAGGCUCGAGGAGGCGACAAUGACAUUGGAGCGGAUCUCGAUCGCAUCGCCGAGAUUUGUGCUCGCUCGAGAUACUCCCUGAGUAACCAGUACGAAGUCCACGUGGCGCCGCAUGGCUCUGGCGCGUCGUUCGUGUCAGGCGUAGCAUCAUCAACCGUCCCAAUACACCGCGGGAAAAAGGGCCGCAGCCAUGUUCAGAGCCAGGGGCCGACGCUGCAGGCCAUAAGGUCCGAUGAUGAGAAUUCAACCCGGUCUCACCCCAGAAGACGGAAUGGGGCCCGCCGAAGAAGCGUCGCCUACGGUACAUUGGAGACCAUCAUGUCCUCGAGCCGGUCCUCCGAAGAGGACAAGUCCAAGAAAAAGUCAGCCGCCGAGCUGGCCGGCGAAGUCCGGGGAAGGGCGGCGCGGAAGGCAUGGGAUCAGCAACCGGCGGGGUCGGGAUCGGGAUCGGGAUCUGGACCAGGCUCGGUAUCGGCAGCCGUCUCGACCGGAAACGGCAGUGGCAGCCAAGACGCCGACAUGCGAGAGCCAGCAUCAUCUACCACCACAGCCGCCGCGUCUAGCAGCAGCAACAACAACAAGAACAGGCUAGCUCGAAAGAAGUCGGCCUCGUUCGCCUCAGCCAUCAUGGACAGCGGCCGCAACGGCUCAUCCAGCACCUCCCAAUCCCACACGAAGAAUCCACCUUCGGCCCUGCUCAGCGAACCCGCCAUGCCCCAGACCUCGAACAGCUCCUUUGGCGUGAGGACCGCCCCGGCCGUCGCCUCUCCGGAGGAUGGCGGAGAACCCAAUGCCGAUUCCGUCCGAGGCAGCAACAAUGACCCGUCAGGUUCCUCCUCCCCACCCCGAGCAGCAGCAGCAGCAUGUCACGGACGACACGCGCCGCACCUCACUACCCCCAGCCUGCGCCACCAACAACACCACCGCAAUCUGCCUGGCUCGUCGUCCUCGUCGUCUUGGACCGCCUGGAUGCCCUGGCGCGGGGCGGGCCAGACACCGCAGGCGCUCGAAGGCGCCGAGGGCAGCUUGAGACAGCUGCUUCGGCAUCAGGAGAUGCAGCAGGGUGGCCUUUCGGUUGGGGAUGGCCAGGGGUAG